AUGUCACUUAAGGAUUUGUACAAAGCAUUUCUUGCAGACCCAACGGAAGAUCUGCUUUCUCCUAAUGCAUCACUGCAUUACAUUACUACAACAACCACACUCAAUGGUGCAGUAGAGAUCACACAGCAUUUGUUUAAGCAACGCAGUGAUAUCAAGAAAAACGCUGAGGAUAUAUUGAACGCUGUCGAAGGAACCAACUCCCUGUGUGUGGAAAUUGAAACGACCUUGAGGUUUUCAACUAGCGGAGGAGCUUAUCUGCCGGGAUUGGAGGAAAACCUUUUGGUAGAUCGCGUAGUGACAUUUCCGCUGAUCCACAUCGUUAAUUUGGACCCCAACAGGAAAAUUUCUCAAAUUCGAGUAUACUGGGAUCAAGGUUCGCUCCUGAAGCAGGUUGGCGUCAUUGGUUCCUACCAGGGGAACUGGCCAUUAUGUGAUGGUCCUGAUCAAGCGCGUGUGGUCAGUUCUUCGAUUGCUGUAGCACCGAAAUCUGAAAAAGAUUUCAAGCAAGACGGAAUUAAUUCGCAGACGCCGCUGUCGCUGCUUGGGCUACAGGAUGACCAACUCAGGCCACAAUCAGGCGCAUCUGGUGUUGCACUACCUGCCACGAUACCGGCGAAGGUGCACAGAGGAAUGGCGAAUGAUUCUACAAAGAGGGAAAAUCCAGUUUCGACACACAAUCAAACCUCAGGGAUACUUGAACAUUUCGAAUUUGCAGAAGAACCUCCUAGGCUCACUAGACCCGUCAAAGAGCGUACCCAUUUUGAAUUCGGAGAAGAGCCUCCUCGGCGCACAGGACCUGUCAAAGAACUUUCGCAUUUUGAAUUCGGAGAAAUACCCCCAUCUGGGAUGGAACCAAAUAAUACUGUUCACCCACGGUCUAAUAAACAUAUAUCACAAUGGGACUUUGAAGAUUUUUCGACCCCAGAAAAGCCCCGCUCGAAAAUUCGAGGACAGGAUGUCCGCCAUUUUGCAUGGGGUGAUGAAAAAUCCGCGUCACCGGAAACUCCAGUGCAAAAAUCUCGUACCAUAUUUCCGAGACGUGACACAGAAACACACAUUGAAUUUGAGGCUGAUGCACCGAAUCCAAGAGAAAAUUGUCGGCUUACCGAAAGCAUGGGAGUAUUACGCAAAGGACUCGGAUUAUACGAAAACAACCUGUAUGAUGAAACUGAGCAAGUAGGAGAGGAAAAGGGAACCAAGUUAGCGCAUUCAGCCACCAAUAACACAAACCGCAACAAGAAUUUCGGCAGCCAGUGGGCAAUUUCCGAGGAACCGCAACCUAAUACAGGGGAAAAUGCUAAUGAACCGAAACAUAUUGCCGCUGGUCGAAUGAAGGCAGUAAAGAUGAUGGAUGCGAGUUGGGAUAAGUAUGAUGAAACUACAAAUUCUCUGGAUAAUACUGCUCCGUUUGCUCGCCCAAAACGAAUCAAUCGGAAUGCGAAUCAGCCCAGCUGGAGUUUGGGUGAUGAAAAUCCUUGA